AUGGUCAGGUUCACCAACCCAGACGACAGUGACACUCCGGAAGAGCUGAGCGCAGAUUGGCUGUACCAGGAGCUGGCACGGCAGUGGUCGCGUCUGGUGCCGCAGCUCGACAACUCCACCGUCACGAGGGCCGCUUACUACUCGGUUCUGCUCCAACCUGGCUUCAGGAUUAUCUCAUUCAACUCCAUGUUCGGCUAUUCUUCCAAUCUGUGGCUGGUAGAGGACUCGCAGGACCCCGGGGAGGAGCUGGCGUGGCUGGAGGAGCAGCUGAACAGAGCAGAGGCCUCAGGGGAGCUGGUUCACCUGCUAGGCCACGUCCCGCCGGGCAUACUGGAGGCCGAGCGCACCUGGUCACGGGAGUUCAACAGGAUUGUCGUCAGGUACGAAAACACCAUUCGUGGCCUGUUCUACGGCCAUACUCAUUUUGACGAGUUGGAGAUCUUUCACGACGGUGAGCGUCCUGUGGGUGUUGCCUACAUCGCUCCCAGCCAGACACCAUGGUACGGCCUCAACCCUGCCUAUAGGAUCUACUAUGUUGAUGGAGAUCGAGAAAAUUCCACUAGAGUGAGUAAUUCAUAUGUUUUUGUUUUAUGUGCAAAUGCAGUUUUAUGAUCCUGAAAACGCCCA